CCUCAGCCCAAAUCAAAUUCUUUCUUUCUUUCUUUCUCUUCAAAUCCCUUCCCACCAUAACCACCAACCAUGUCAAGCACUGCCGGUCAAGUCAUCAAAUGCAAAGCUGCCGUGGCUUGGGAGGCCGGAAAGCCACUGGUGAUUGAAGAAGUCGAAGUAGCACCGCCGCAAGCCAAUGAAGUCCGAGUGAAGAUCCUUUUCACAGCUCUCUGUCACACCGAUGUUUAUUUCUGGGAAGCCAAGGGACAAACCCCAUUGUUUCCUCGCAUUUUUGGGCAUGAAGCUGGAGGAAUUGUUGAGAGUGUUGGAGAAGGAGUGAAAGAUCUUCAACCAGGAGAUCAUGUUCUUCCUGUUUUCACUGGUGAAUGUGGGGAUUGUCGUCAUUGCCAAUCUGAAGAAAGCAAUAUGUGCGAUCUUCUUCGAAUUAAUACUGAUCGUGGAGUUAUGAUCAAUGACGGAAAGACUAGAUUCUCCAGAAAUGGACAACCCAUUCAUCAUUUUGUCGGAACCUCCACCUUUAGUGAAUACACUGUUGUUCAUGUUGGCUGUUUGGCUAAGAUCAAUCCUGCUGCUCCUCUUGACAAAGUCUGUGUUCUUAGCUGCGGCAUUUCCACAGGUCUUGGUGCCACUUUGAAUGUUGCAAAGCCCAAAAAAGGUCAAUCUGUUGCAAUCUUUGGUCUUGGAGCUGUUGGACUUGCAGCUGCUGAAGGAGCCAGAAUUGCUGGGGCAUCUAGGAUCAUUGGUGUUGAUUUGAACCCAGCUCGAUUUGAAGAAGCAAAGAAAUUUGGUUGCAAUGAAUUUGUGAAUCCAAAGGAUCACAACAAGCCAGUUCAAGAGGUGAUUGCUGAGAUGACGAAUGGAGGAGUUGACCGGAGUGUCGAAUGCACCGGAAGCAUCCAAGCAAUGAUUUCAGCAUUCGAAUGCGUUCACGAUGGGUGGGGUGUAGCUGUACUUGUGGGAGUCCCAAACAAAGACGAUGCAUUCAAAACUCAUCCUAUGAAUCUCCUUAACGAAAGAACUCUAAAGGGAACCUUCUUCGGCAACUACAAACCACGAACCGACAUUCCCGGGGUCGUCGAGAAGUAUUUGAAGAAGGAGCUGGAAUUGGAGAAGUUCAUUACACAUACAGUGCCGUUCUCUGAGAUCAAUAAGGCGUUUGAUUACAUGCUGAAAGGGGAAUCGAUUCGAUGCAUUAUUAGGAUGGAAAACUAAGUUGAUGUUUUUGUGGGGUGAGAUGAAAAUAUGGGAAUAAAAGAUCAUGUGAUCAUUGGAAGAAACUGGAGAGGUCUCUGUGUUUCCUUUUUCUUCUUAGUUUUGUGUUCCUUGAGAGUUUUUUUUUUUUCUGGGAAUUUUCGGGAUAUUGUUAUCGCCUUUUUGUCAAAGUUCAUGAACUUUGAGAUAUUGUAUCGAUAUUAUUAUUAAAAAAAAUGAAAAAGAAUUGUGAUU